AUGGUUCGCCUUGCGCUCACAGCCUCGCUCCUCGGUGCCGCAAGCCUCGUGGCCAGCCAUGGCUAUCUCAAGAACAUAGGAGUUGGUGGUACAAUCUAUCCUGCCUGGCAGGUUGGCUCAGACGACUACCUCACCCCAGCUCCUGUCCGGUAUGCCCGGAAGAUCAAGGACAAUGGCCCUGUACCCGAUUUCACAAGCAAGGACAUAACUUGCAACGUCGGAGGAAACAUACCUGCUCAGGGAAUUAUUGAGCUCAAGGCUGGCGACAACGUCGAGUUUCUAUGGGACCAGUGGAAUAGCGCACACAGUGGCCCGGUAUUUACCUAUCUCGCGCACUGCACCAACAACGACUGCAUGUCCUUCAAAGGCGACACGGGUGCUGUGUGGGUCAAGAUCGACCAGCUGUCGUACAACCCGUCCGCGAACCCUCCGUGGGCAUCCGAUCUGCUGCGCGAGCAGGGCGCCAAGUGGACAGUGACAAUCCCGCCGAAGCUGGCCCCCGGUGAAUACCUGCUGCGGCACGAGAUCCUGGGCCUGCACGUGGCUGAGACGCGCAUGGGCGCCCAGUUCUACCCGAGUUGCACGCAGAUCCGCGUCACAGCUGGUGGCACGACCCAACUGCCCAGCGGCAUAGCGCUGCCGGGCGCGUACAACCCUGAUGAUACAAAGGGAAUUCUCACUGCCCUCUGGAAGAUUCAACAAGGCCAGGUUGACUACGUCGCCCCGGGCGGCCCGGUAUGGAGUGAGGCUGCACCGAAUGCAAAUCGUGCCGGCCCAUAA